AUGGAGAGCGUGGGAGGAAUGGAGAAGUACCGUUUACUUAGCGACCAGGGAGUUUGUUCUUUUGGAGGCGUGGUCCAGAAUCAGAGUGGCUUUAUAAAGAAUGCGACUGACAUGGACAAUAAAGUGGAUUCCGAUUAUGAAAUGCCUGAUAAAGAUUGGUACAUCACUGUUGAAGAUCCAGAGGAAACAAACCCUGUCAGAAUUCUACCAGUCAGACAUCUGAGGAAUGCAGACAAAGACUAUGCAGACAAAAGGGUCCUGUCAUGUACUACCUCGCAUUCCCCACAGAGUUCAUCUCCGGACCUGAGCAAAUUCAGAAACAUAUCCCCAAAAACACCAAAAAGAACUGUUCCAGGUCCAUCUGUCAACAGGAACUUAAAACCAACCCAAUGUUUGCAACCACCAACAGGUGAAAUAAUUAACACACAGUAUGCUAAGAAUCACUUGCCUCCACCUAGGCCUCCAAGGACUUUACCGAAACAACAUCAGCCUCUUCCUCCAGAGCCAGAGAUCAGGAUAUCGGAGACUGAAACAGCACAGGAUAAACCAUGGAGGCCAAGACCUGCAAGGAAACAAAAUUAUGUUAAUGAUCAAUCCGAUGAAUGUCCAAUUACGUUACUUCCCCGCAUGAAUUCGCCACAACAGCUCAAGAGCACUGAUGUCCCACGUUCAAGACGUCCUUUUACACCUCCUAGAUGCUCCCAGGAUCUGGAGUUUAGACAAGGGUGGGUUACAAGUUCUAGUACAGCUUUGAAUUCCAGAGUAUCCCUCGUUUCAGGUAUAACAACACACAAGUCAAGAUACAUCCAUGAAUGGCCUCAGACUAAAAAUGACAUGCAAAAGCUGAAACCCACGAUACCCAGCAGGUCAACAGCUCAGGGUUUAAGCAGGCAUAGCUGGUACAUCGGAGCAUAUGAUCGUUAUGAAGCUGAAACUGCUUUAUAUAGGAAGAGUGUGCUAUUAACUGAUAUUUAA